AUGUCCAACUUAUCUGAUAUUGAUUUUUUUUUUUACUCGAGUUUUGCUGAAAAAGCCAAACGUCCACCGCCAAUUGGGUCGCACAUGGAACGUUUGGAGGAAGAUUCCCUUAAUGACAAAUCAGCUCACCGCCAAUUGGGUCUGUACAUGAGAGAUUUGGGCAAAGUUCACAUUCCCAGUUUGCCACCGCCAAUUGG